AUGUCAAGCACCGAGAACGAUGGUAACGGCAUCAGUGAGGCGUACUGUGUGCCGGGGGGACAGAUCUUCCAAGCUGUUUAUGUACAAGUGCACGGAUACAUCGCGCUAAUAAUUUGCCUGCUCGGUUCUGCUGCCAAUUCCGUCAAUAUUGCCGUACUCAGUCGUAAGGAGAUGGCCUCGUCCACAAACUCCAUCCUAACCGGCCUCGCCGUCGCUGAUUUACUCGUCAUGCUCGACUAUAUACCUUUUGCACUGCAUAUAUACACUAAAAUAGGUUCAGAAUAUAACCGCAACUCAUAUGGCUGGGCUGUAUUCGUUUAUUUUCAUUCCAUUUUCAGUCAGACUUUCCACACGAUUUCUAUUUGGCUGACUAUAACGCUCGCGGUUUGGAGAUACAUCGCAAUAAAAUUUCCACAAAAGAAUAGGACGUUGUGUAAUAAAAGAAACACUAAUAUAGCUAUUACUGUGGCAUACGCCGUUUGUCCAAUAUUGUGUCUUCCUAUAUAUUUCGCUAUGAAUAUUCGGGAAACGAUUGUGUCAAAAAAUGCAAGUGAAAAUACCACGUGGAAUGAUACGGACAGUGUAAAUUCUUCUGGAAGCCGCCCGCCGGCAUACGCACUACAAAUGACGGAUAAUACAGAUUUACUUACUGCCAUUUUUUGGAUUUACAGUGUAUUUAUAAAACUUAUACCAUGUGUAGUACUGUCAAUAUUGAGUGUGUUACUAAUUUUAAAAAUGAAAUCAAGCGAUCGAAGAAGACAAAAGUUGUUGAAGAAAUCAGCGAUCACAACGAGCGAGGGCGAGAAAGUGCGUCUCAAUGAGGACGGCGGCGGGAGACGAGGAGGCGGGGGCCGCACGGAUCGUACUACGCGCAUGCUGGUAGCGCUGUUAGGUCUCUUCCUUGCCACGGAGUUGCCCCAAGCUCUUUUUGGUCUUCUUACCGCUAUUGCACCGCAUCUAUUUGGCGUGUGUUAUUAUGCAUUUGGUGAGGUGAUGGAUUUGAUGGCGCUUGUGGGAUCAGCCGUCAACUUUGUACUCUAUUGCAGCAUGAGCCGGCAAUUUAGGUCCACGUUCACGAGACUAGCACGAAAGGUUUUGCCCCUUCCGAGGGCUGACGGAGAAGCCUUAGUGUCACUCAAAACGUAG